AUGCGCAGCAACGAAGAUGGACCCUAUGACACUAAUUCCCGCCGGGGAACGCGCCGGCACUUGUAUUCCGAGCAAUCGCGCCUGUCUAUGAGCGCAAGUCUUGGCACAAACCUCGUCUCGGGUUCGGUAGACGCAUCACUAGCAGAAGUUGAUAUUCGAUCUCGAAAUCCCGAACGGGCCCUGGAGAGUGAUAUUGUUAUUGGGCCUUUUGCUGUUCUGGACUUCUCUGGCUCGCAACAAUCACAGGAACAAUCAUCAGCCCCACAGGAAGAAGAAUCUCACCCACAAAAGCCCACACUUAAUGUGCAAUCAGAUGACAUUAUCGAUCAGGCGGAGAUACCUGCAGCGCCAUCAGAUGAUGUUCUCCAGCAAGGGGAUAUACCUACCGAGAUACCGGAUCCCAGCCCGGUAUCCAUCAUCGAUUCUCUUUCGAAUAUGGACGACUUCCUUCACUGGUCAGAUAUCUUGAGUUUCAGUCCUGACCAAUCAGGUUUCGCAACGCAUCCGAGUCUGAGUGCGCCAUAUGACUUUUCAUUCGACCUCAGCAGUGAUACUAUGUUGAUUCCCGCAGCACUGAAUCCCAAUGAAGAUCCCUUGCGGAUGUUGACACCACAGCAGACUCCCAUGGAGCUGAGAACAUCAAAUGAGGAUAUUCUGAAAGAUGGACAGUUCUUACUUAAACAUUUCCAAGAUGUGGUUAUUCCACGAAUCAUGGCAAUCCCUUUUGGACAAAAGUCACCGUGGAAAAUUUUGAACCUACCUGCCGCCGUGGUUGCGUUUGGAGACUCGACAUACCUUGGCACUGAGGGGGUGAGCCAUGCUCGCCUUGCAAACCUUUAUGCACUCUUCGCUUGUGCAGCCAUUGAUCUUGCCUUGCAACCAUCUGCGGAAAUGAUUCAUUCCCCCGAGCAUUGGUACCAGAUCGCCAAUCAGACAUAUCAGCAGGCCAAGGAUCAUAUCCAAAUAUCUUUGCAACAUGAAACGGCGGGACCGAAAAAAGCAAAAUAUAAGGAUCAAUUGAUGGCUGCUAAUAUCCUCACACAAUAUGCGAUUCUAUCUGGCCAGCAGCAGCACGCCCGAUGUUUCUUGAUUGACGCGGAGCGACUUCUCCGACUACGCGGGUUGUCAAAACGACGAAUCUCAAAGAAAGCCCGCCUGCUGCAUCAUGUAUACACCUGGCUACGCAUUGUCGGGGAAAGCACAUUUGUACUUCACGAUUACCACCUCUCAUAUUCAUGUCUCGAAAACCUUGGCACAUCGUCACGUUCCCACCCUUCAUCUUCCACCGCCAGCAACACUACUGCUAUUGUAACAAGCGAACCCAACCCCCAUCUUGACGAUUUCCUCCGACUCGAAAACCAAAACUCAGAUAGCGACUUGAACAUCGAUGAACCCAAAGACCGGGCAUCUGGCUACCACGAUAUCCACCUCCACGAUUCACGCAGCUUCCCCGAAACCCUAUACAAACAAAUCUACGGCAUCCCUGAGACAUGGCUAAGCUUGGUGUCACAAACAACGAGGUUAGCGAAUGUUCUGGCAACUUGGCAGACUGCUCGCAAUAACGGCAAACCCCUGCGCCUCGAAGCAUGGGAGGCCCUCCAGCGGCGCGCGAUGCGAUUAGAGAACUUGAUUUGUUCAUUCUCCCUUGGCCGCGCGAGAGGCGGAUCUGCAGACCUCCAAGCGACCUGCAAACCCCAUGCACAUAUGUUGGAGGCACUCAAUGGAGCAUUGGUUAUCUUUUUCUACCGUCGAGUCCACGAUACCCAUCCGGCUGCCCUACAGGGCUAUGUGGAUAGUGUCAUUGCGGCGCUGGAGCAAUGUAGCGUGUCCUUGUCAGAAGCUGAUACGUCUGGUCCCGGGACUGCUUGGCCUGCUUUCAUUGCAGGUUGUGAAGCUCUCACCCCCGCAAGGCGAGAAGCUAUCAUCAAAUGGCUUGAUAAUGCGAGCUCUAUGUGUGGGUUUACCUCGUAUGCCAUGGCUCGAGAUAUAAUGACCAAACUCUGGCGCAAGCAGGAUGAGCAUUUGACGGCGAAUCGAAGUGAGCCAAUGCCAAUGUGGAUUGAUAUCUGUAAAGAAGAGCAGAUCUGGCCUCUGUUUUGUUGA